AUGAUAUCUGUAAUACCACGGCCAAGAGCAAAUACCGUUGAAGUAGUAAUGCAAAACCCAUUGCAAACCUUCAAGAUAGUUCUCUGUCAUGUCUUUGAUCUUCUCGUCGUCAUCCAGAGUGAAUCCAACCUUCUGCUUAUAGUACUGGUUCUUCCACUUCACAAAUCUGGUAUCAUACAGAUCCUUCUGAGACUCCAGAGUCUCUUCGUCCUCCACCACAAUGGCAGAUUGGUAUUUCUUGAUAGUCUUUCUGAUCUCGUCGACUUUCUCAAAGUACUCCUCGUCUGUCCAGUCAGGAUUGAGACCGUCAACGUCCAAUUUAGCGGUGUAGGUGUCUUUGGACUUGCUGUGAAUCACAGCGACGCCCAACUCAAAGAGGAACUUGCCGAUAAAGUCCUUGUUGAAGUCGCUGUCGAAGAAUUCACGAGGCAACGGCAGUUCAGGGACUUUCGACUCAUCCUGCAACAGUUCUCUGACAUCGAACUUGCUGGAGUAAAUACGGUAAAUCCACUCUCUGAUCAGACCGACCACCUUCUUUUGGUGUUUCAAAACCAGCUCUUUUCCCUGUCUGAGUCUCUUCUUGACACCUUGCUUGGAAAUGUUGUCCAGCUGCUUGUUGAACCAUUCAACAUCAACUUCACCUUUCUCAAAGUUCUCAAGCUCGAACACCGAAAGAUACUCGAGCCAUUUGCCCAAUCUCUGGAAAUUUAUAGUUCCGUAUUCGUUAAUGUAACCGUCCAUGUCCUUAAUGGACUCUUUGAAUGUCUCAAUCAAAAGCGGGAAGGCACCUUUAUUAAGAUGCAGAUCUGGCAAGUUUGGAAGGAAAUCAUUUCCCAACAUGUACAUGAUCAAAAUGAAGUCGUCAAUGAUUCGUUCGAAAUCGUAGUCAAAAGACACUUGGUCUUGCAAUUCCUGGAAUUCCAACUCCAAAUAUUCUCUCACUAA